AUGAAGCUCUUUGGUUCGCUGGCACUAGUGCUGGCUUUAUUUCAGCUUGGUGUAUCGGCCGCCGCGGCGCCCGAAGAGCCUCCAACUUGUGGUGCUCUCUGCAUUGAAGAGUUGGCGAUCAAGUCGCCUUGUGGUCUGAACACGACAUGCAUCUGUACAAACGCUGAGCUUAAUGAGAAGAUCACGCUUUGCGUUGCGGCGAAUUGCACGAGCUACUCCAAGCAUACCUGCAACGCGCCGUCUCGCGAUCGCACAACGCUGGUAUGGGUCAUCGGUAUCGUCUUCCUUAUUCUCGGCCUCAUCGGCUUUGGCCUGCGGGUAAUGGCCAGAGUGUUUGCCGCGAAGCAAACAUGGGGAGCCGACGAUUGGGUCAUGCUGCUUGCAGUGCUGUUCUACUGGGACGAACUUCUCUAUCUCGGAGCCCUGCCCAUCACAAAGAUUUCCAUCCUGCUUUUCUAUCUGAAGGUAUUCCCUGGCAAACAUAUUCGACUGGCAUGCUGGAUCUUCAUCGGCCUCAACGUCGCAUACUUCAUCACCUUUGAGCUCAUUUCCAUCUUCCAAUGCAGACCAAUUGACGGCGCUUGGAGAGCCUGGGACAAGGAGUACAAGGCCAAGUGCAACAACAUCAACCUCCAGGGCUGGUUUGCAGCCAUUUUGAACAUCAUUCUCGAUGUUGGCACGAUGGUUAUCCCGCUGAAGGAGCUUUACGGGCUGUCGAUGUCGCUGAGGAAGAAAAUUCAACUCAUGCUCAUGUUUAGCGUCGGUAUCUUCGUCACGAUUGUCAGCGCAGUCCGUCUUCAAUCUCUAGCAAGCUACGCAACAACCAGCAACGUAACCCAGGACUAUGUCGAAAUCGGAUACUGGAGCACAAUUGAAGUCCCCGUCGGCAUAUUCUGCGCCUGCAUGCCCGCCAUCCGCGCCCUCUUCGGCAUCGUCUUCCCCAAGGUCUUCGCCUCCACGAACCGCAGCAAGAACAGCUACGCCAACAUCUCCAAGGAGUCAAAGCAGCCAACCGGCGACAGAAAGGGCAGCGCCACGCCGCAGAUCACCAUCGACACGGAGAUCUCGACAAGGUACUCGCGGCACCACGAUGACUCGUCGGUAAUUGAACUUACGCAGAUGGGAAGAGGCCAGGAGCAGGGCCACGAGGAGACUGCGUGGACGGAUAGGAGGCCGGCUGUUCCGCGUGAGCCUGUAUGA